AUGGCCACUAUCCAGAUCCUCGACGGCGGCCUAGGGACCUCCCUACAAGAUCAGUAUGGCGUGGAGUUCUCCAGCACCACCACCCCUCUCUGGUCCUCUCACCUCCUAGUCUCCGAUCCCGGCACGCUGCAAUCCUGCCAACACGAUUUUGGCGUCGCCGGCGUGGACGUGCUCCUGACCGCCACCUACCAGGUGUCCAUCGAGGGAUUUGCGCGGACAAAAACCGCCGACUUCCCAAACGGCAUCCCCAAGACCGCCAUUGCCCCCUACCUGCAGACGGCCGUGACCGUCGCAGAGCAAGCCAAGGCCCGCGACAGCGCCAAGAUCGCGCUGAGUCUGGGUCCGUACGGCGCGUGCAUGAUCCCCGGUCAGGAGUACAGCGGGGAGUACGAUGCUGAGCAUGACAGCGAGGAGGCGCUGUUCCGCUGGCAUCUGGAGCGGCUGCGGCUGUUUCAGGACGCGGAGGGCGAUCUGAUCAGCCGCGUGCAGUAUGUGGCGUUUGAGACGCUGCCACGGUUGGAUGAGGUGCGCGCGGUGCGGAGGGCUAUUCGUGCGGCCGGCAUUGCUGUCCCGUUCUGGGUUUCGUGUGUCUUUCCGCGGGAGGAUGAUCUUCUACCGGAUGGGAGUUCUAUCGAACAGGUGGUUGAUGCGGCUCUAGCGCCUAUGAGUGAUGGAGGGGUUCCCUGGGGGAUUGGGGCGAAUUGUACGAAGAUUCAUAAGCUACCCGGUUUGGUGGGCAAGCUGGGUGAAUAUGUCGCCAAGCGCGUUGCGUCGGGGCAGAUCUCUACAGUUCCCAGUCUGGUCUUGUACCCUGAUGGCACCAAUGGGGAAGUGUACAACACGACGACGCAACAGUGGGAGAAGCCGGAUGGACAGGAAAGUGCUGGGAGAGACACGCGUUCCUGGGAAACCCAACUCGCGCAGGUCGUCAAGGACGCUCGUGAAACAGGGCCCUUCAGCUCCUUUUUGGUGGGAGGGUGCUGCAAAGCAUCGCAUCACGACAUCAAGAAACUUCGACAACAGUUCGCCACUGAAUGA